UCCUCUUAGGACAUUAAAGAAGCAGGCGCAUGCUGGCCAGCUGCUCCCGCUUUCUGUCCUCACUCGCGGUACGAGGCGCACAGUCCGCACGGUGAGAUGAACUGGCUGGAUGUGUUGUCUCACCCGGUCUGGGCGGUGUCCACGGUGCUGCUGGCGGUCGUUGCGCGCGUCCAGAGGAGAGUGCGCUGGGAUCCCCAAUCUUGCACCGUGCAGCUGAAUGGGAAGACUGCGAUAGUGACAGGAGCCAAUACAGGAAUCGGAAAGUUCAUUGCCCUGGACUUUGCUCGCCGUGGGGCCCGUGUUAUCCUGGCCUGUCGAAGCGAGUCCCGGGGGACGGCAGCUCUUAAAGAAAUCAGAGAGAAAACCGGAAACUCUGACGUGCACUUACACCUGGUGGAUCUUUCUUCUCUGGAUUCAGUCAGGGAAUUUGCUAAGAGGAUUAAUGAGGAGGAGAAAUCUCUCCAUAUCCUUGUCAAUAACGCUGCAGUGUCAGGUUUGCCCAGGCAGAUAACCAAAGAUGGGUUGGAUAUGUCGUUUGCCACCAACCACCUGGGACCAUUUCUUCUCACUAACCUGCUUCUGGACCUGAUAAAGCGCUCUGCUCCGUCACGUAUCGUCAACAUCAGCUCACUCAACCACAAGAAGGGUCGAGUGGACUUCUCUCAUUUUCACGGCGAGAACCUCACUUAUUACAUGGACCAAGUCUACAACCACACCAAGCUGCACAACAUCAUCUGUACCAAUGAGCUAGCGCGCAGGCUACAGGGGACAGGUGUCACCGCAAACUCUGUGCACCCCGGUAUUGUCAAGACAGAAGUGAUGAGACACUAUCCAUUCAUGAUUCGUUUUCUUUUCAACCUCGUUGGAUUUUUCUUUUUCAAGUCUGCAGAGGAGGGCGCCGUCAGCUCCAUCUACUGCGCAGUGGCAGAAGAAAUGGAGGGGAUAACUGGGAAGUAUUUUGACAGCGACUGCUCCCUGACCCUUCCUGCCCCGCUAGCUCGAGACCCUGCCCUCGCGGUCAAGGACUUUGAGGUCUGCGAGAGAGUGACAAAGUCAAAGCUCUGAAACAGCUCUCAGGCUAAUGGAGGCUUGAUAACAGGAAAGGGGUCAAAUUCCUCCCUCUUCACUGCACUUCUUGAGUGAGCCAUUCAAAUAUAAUGUGACUUUAAAACCAUCAGGUGGAAGCCUUUGAACAUUUUUUACAGGUAAAUAACGUGAAGUGAUGAGUUUUAAAGGGAAACACAACUGAAUCUUGUCUACAAUAUUUGUAAAAUGCCAAACUCCUCCCUGCUUACUUGUAAUUAAUUGUUCAUCAGCUUCCAUGUCGUCUCAGUAACGGAGACGUUCAUGAGAAAGUGGUGAAUGUUUUCUUCUUCGUAAGACAGCCCCGUGACUUGCAUUCACACUCCUGAAUGACUGUGUGAAUAUGAAUUAAGAAUUUCCCUUCAGGGAUAAAUAAAGGAAUUCUGAUUCUGAUUAAGAUUCUGAAUGAGUGAAAUGAGAGCCUUUCCAGGGGGAGAUGCUGACACCUUGUGGCCACCGUAGGCAGACAUGACAACAGCAGAGCAAAUACGUGACACAAUCACUUAACUUUAUUGACGCGAUUCAUGAAAACACAAUAAAACUUUUGAGCAUUCAGUGCUUUUUGAAGAAUUUGUACAGCGUUCAUCCCCUCCUGUGUUCGGCCUCUCUACUUGGCUGCAGAGACAGUGAUAGUGAGAGAACAGUGUGGUUAUCAAACAAGUUUGUAAUCACUUGUAAGUACGUGUCUGCUAAUCUUUUGAUAAUGAAAGAAGAUACAAGGUCAUGUUGUGUGGCUGCUAAGUUUCUUUUAAUAAAUAUGUCUCGCUACAUCUUCCACCACU